AUGACUUGUGUGCUCCGAGGAAAGCAAGACAGUUGCUCCUAUGGAGACGCCAUCCCAGGUCGCUCCCAGAAAGCCCUCGAGGGUCCGUAUGUGGACGUGUUCUCCAAGACGCCGGGCUUUAGUGUGCAAGAUUUCCAUGCGGCAAAGGAAGAGACGUGGAGUCCCGAUCUGGCUUGUUUCGGCUAUUCCAACGUGAACGUGCACAACUCUCUGGGCAUUGUCAAGAAACUAGAAAAUCUGGAGCUGGGGGGCAGUCCUCGCCCGUUGCAGAAGCAGAGAAACGUCACACUGUGCCAGGCCGCGUACGAUAUCUACAAAUCCGUGCUGAAACAACUGCCGUGUUCCGCCUGCGUGAGAGAUCUGGUUGAGGUCUUCUUUGACGACGUCAAUUGGCAGUACACCAUUCUUGACCGAAACUAUUUCACAGUCAAACUAGAGGAGUACUACCAUCAGCCCAGCUCGCCUCCUUACCAAGCAGAAAGGACAUUUCCCUCCGAAAGACUGAUAUUUUCGGCCCUCCUCUUUCAGGUGCUGGUAUGCGCCUUACAGUUCCUCCCAGCUGGUCACUCUGAAAACCUCCACAGCUUCUGUAUGAAGGGCAUUGUUGUGGAUGGAGAUGGGGUUCCCGACGAUCCCACGAUGCGGCUUUUGAGUCUGCUCCCCAAAAAUGUCAUCAACUUGGACUACAUUGCAGCACAGAUUCUGCGAACUGCAUGGCUCAAGAACCGCGGCAUGAUUGCUGAAGCGUGGCAUGUCAUUGCCCAAGCAACCAUCAACGCACAAGAGAUAGGGCUCCACCGCGACGAUGGCAAACUAUACGCCAGUGACGCCGAGAGUGCCUGCGUUGAGCUAUGGGACAUCGUGCUGCGGCGACGUCUGAUGGUCAACCUCUACCUCUGGGACAGCCAAAUGGGCAUGGUCCUGGGUAAACCGCUCAAUUUCAAGGCCAAUGACUACAUCAUAGUCCCGCCGACAGAUUGCCAGAUCCCAAGAAAUCGGAAGUCUACAGCCCCCUUCGAACGAAGCGAGUACGAGAAGCCGAAUACAUUCACAGUGCGGUUGCUCGAGUACCAUUUGCACAAGCACCUCCCACAAGUCAGAGAGUUGGAGUUGGAAGGCCCUUAUCCGCGAGACUACAGCAAGGUGGAACGUCUUCACCAAGGAGCUCUGGAGUAUAUUGCAUCAAUCCCAGCCACCUAUCGAUUCGAAAAUCCCGACAGAUCGUUCGACGAUGAGUGUCCCAUGCUCGCAUCACAACGCGAAUUCUUCUGCGCGACAAUAUGGCUAUUCAUCCUUUUGCUUCACAGACCAUAUAUCUUUUCAGUCUCCCUGAGCCGCACAAAGAUCCUGAAGACGGCCAUCCACAUGUUGGACGCUCAGCAAAGAUUUUUCGAAAGCCUCUCUCCACAUCACUACAAGAUGUUCACCCUCGCAUAUUUGACUGUGGAGCCUUGUGUCUCCAUGUUGGCUGUAUUGAUCGCAUUUCCACAGGAGAAUGCACCAUUGAUUCCAGAGGCCUUUAGAUGUAUACGAGAGUCUCUGUUCAGACUAAAUACAAUCCGCAACACGAAUAAAGUGGCCGGCCAGGGCGCCGAUGUUGUUCAGAAUCUGCUCCUUCGAGCAGAGAAGAAUCGGCCAACACCGUUAUCGACUUCAAAGUCCAGCAGUCCUAGGUCAGACGCGCACUCUUCCGAACUAUUUGUGACACCCAGCUCCCACGGUGCAGCUUCCUUCUAUGCAGUGACAGAACAGCAGCCGCAGCAACAGCCGCAGCAACAACAGUCGGCCUUAUUCUGCGGCAAUACCUCGUUCGGAGAUUUGGCUGAUUGGAGUACGCCCUUCCAGUCAACGUCGUCGACUGCCCCGUCAGCCGACCCCGGUUAUGCAUUUGAUGGAACUCCAUUCCGGCCUGUUGCUGACCUGACGUACAACGACCUAGCCAUUGUGCAACCGUUUUCAAUGCCCGAGGACAGCUUCAAUGGAGGAUCUGGCACCGGCUCUGGCACCGGCUCUGGCAGCAGCAGGGUUACCAGUGAGGUGCCGCAGCAGUUUCGCGGCGACUUUGGUGAGGGCUCUUUCUGGAGUUUCGUCAAUAGAGGCUCUACCUAA